UCUAAGAAAUUAUCACUGCGUUACGUUUAAGUGUUGACGAAGACCCAAGUGCACUUAAUUUCAAGUGUACAUAGCCAGAGUAUAAAGCGGGUUAUUUUGAGUUCAUUACAGUAACGAUAAUAAGUGAAGAAUCAAUAUCUGGGCUUCGUGCAUGGGAAGUUUGCUUGUAAAAUAUAGAUAGCUGUACUUGAUAAGAGAGAAUUAUCUUCAUAGUCCUGUUGAGGAGUGGCAUAAGGACAAAAGCUGUAGUGCUCAGAAAUCAAGGUUGCCAUAUAGAAGUGUUUUCACGCACGCAAAAAUUGUCCAAUCAGAAAGAGAUUCUUAAAACGCCGUUAAAAGUACAAACAACACACGACUUGACAUCAUCUUUGACAAGACUGUCACGAUCAAAAGCGAGGACGUUUCAGAAAAUUUGUGAUAUAUGGCGUGCAAAAUAAAGAAUAUCUGUUUGAAAAUUUAUUUAAUGCUGUGUUUCAUCUCACCAGUCAUUAGUUGUAUUGCAAAACCAGGAGGCUCUGGCAGGAGAUCACCUCGAACUGCAUUUUAUUUGCAUCAAAAAGUUCCAGAUAUUGAUGAAUUCACUCAGGGCGCCAGUGGAAAGCCAACAGAACCAAUUCGUUAUGAUAGUGACGCGUAUAAACGACUGAGUAUAAACUAUAAUCCUGGUAUAAUAUUUGAACACACAAACGAAAGACUUGGCAACACGCGAAAAAUGAGCAAGAGAUGUUUAAAAGCAUUAAAUUCCCUGGAGAAAAAAGUAAAGGAAAAAUGGUCAGGAAUUAGGCUUCGUGUAAUCGCCGCUUGGGACGAUGAAAAAGCAAAGCUGCAUGAUGUUAGUUCGUUACAUUAUGAAGGAAGAGCUGUUGAUAUAACGACAUCUGACAGAGACAGAUCAAAGUUGGGUCUGUUGGCACGUUUAGCUGUUGAGGCUGGCUUUGACUGGGUGCACUACGUUGAGAAAUAUCGAGUUCAUGCUUCAGUUCGUGUAGACAGUAAAGGUGAAAGUCAAUUUAAAGAAAUGGGAUGUUUCAGGAGCAACUCGACGGUUAGAUUGAAGAAUGGUCGUAGAUCAUCAAUGAAUGAACUCAAGGUUGGUGAUAUGGUUCAAGCUAUGGACAGACAUGGAAAAAUUACUUACAGCGAAGUUGUGAUGUUUUUGGACAAUCAACCGAAGAAACGAAGCGUCUUGUAUUUUGUUAUUGAAACAAGUAAUCCCAAGAGUAAAUUAUAUCUAACAAAGUCACAUCUCAUCUAUGUAAAACGCCGUUAUUCGUCGUUUUGGAGCGUUGACUUAGCGAAAAUGACGCAGCGAGGUGACAAAGUGAAAGUCUGGAAGGACGGUAAAUUGGUUGAAGCCGAAGUAAGCAAUGUAUCAAUAUCAGAAGAGCGAGGUGUCAUUGCACCACUAACUGAAGAAGGAAACAUCAUUGUAGAUGGUGUUUUGGCUUCCUGUUAUGCAUUAUUAAACGAUCAUGAGUUUGCAAACACUGUUUUCUGGCCAGCCAAGUUCAUUUACAGAUAUUUUCCAAGUUUAUUGAACAAUGAAAAGAGUCAAGAAGGUGUUCAUUGGUACGCAAAGCUAUUGCUGUAUAUUAAUCAAUAUAUUUCUGUUAUAACCUGAUUAUAUGUAAUGGCUAUAGAGGAUCUCAACAUAAUACAAACGACUAUCCAUUCUCACGUGUAUCUUAAUAACGACUUGAUGAGUUUAUCAAAGAAAUGGAUAGUCUGUGAUGUUGAUGUAUCCUUUUCUUGAUUAUCCAUUAUUUCAAUGAAAUAGAGACCCCUUAAGGCAAAAUAAUAUGUCAAAACGAAUAUAAUAUUCUAAUUUAUUUCAAUGAUUUAAAAUCGUUUGCGAUGCUUACUUUCGCGCUUGUUCCAUUUGUAAGAACACGAAAGAAAUAACAUAAUAUAAAAAUAUUCCCAACUACAAAGUUAAUGUUGCUGUAAGACAUCAUAUAUUAAUGAAUGUAAAGUUGUGUUCAGUGUAACGAUAAGUCAACUUUUGUCGUGACAAAUUUAACAGUGCCUAAAACACAAUGUUAUAUUGAGUGUAAAUAGAAAAGUAUUGUUUGCGUUAACUACCAAUGAUAUAAAGUGUGCCAUAUUUAAUAUAUCAUUUCCCAAGA